ACUAUUGCUAUAAACACUCUAAAGGCUGUUUACAGGAACAGCCAGGCACAGCUGUCCAACAAUCAACAAGAAACAGUUUUGGAACGCAGCUCCUCAUCUCUCUGUUUCAUUUGGACGUGGAAGACUAGGGCAUAAACAUGGCGGACAGCGGCGGGAACUUUGAAGCGUUUUCAAGAAGAUGAAAUUUAGUGGUUUAUYCGUCAAUUGUUUCAAAUACUUGAAACUUUUAAAUUAUUUUAUCAUCACGUUGCAUCAUUAUUGUUGAUAUAUUUACAUACUAAAUGUCGACUCGAAGACURCAACGUGUGCAAGGAGUACGCAGCGAGGUUUUGACUCGACUGUCGAAGAAUCGCGUGUUUACUUGCAAGGAUUUGUUGUCUAAAAAUUCACUUGAACUUCUGAAACUGUGUGGUGUGAGUUUUGAUGAAGUGAAGGACAUUGAGAAAGCAGUCAGCAAAGCUAUUGCUCCAAGAAUUACAACUGCUUUGGACCUUCAUCGCAAGUCAUCAAGUGAAGCAGCUUUUCUUCCAACAUCACUMAUUCCUCUUGAUAAACAACUUCAUGGUGGGCUGCCAUGUGGGACAAUCACGGAGAUCACAGGGCCAGCUGGAUGUGGCAAGACACAGUUUUGUAUCAUGCUUAGUAUCCUAGCAACACUACCCACAGAUAUGGGUGGUCUAGCGGCUAAUGUUAUAUACAUUGACACAGAGGCUGCAUUUAGUGCCUCAAGAUUGGUUGAAAUGGCAGAAAGUCGCUUUCCUGAUUUAUUUAACACACAAGACUCGGUUCUUUCUCUUUCAAAAAAAAUCCAUGUAUUUUGGGAACCUACAUGCAGURCAUUGUGGGAAAGGCUUCAGAUACUAGAGGAAGAAGUUAUAUCAAAGAAAGUCAAGCUGAUAAUUCUAGAUUCUGUUGCAUCUGUUGUGAGGAAAGAGUUUGACAGCAGAUCAUCAAAGAAUGUCAAUGAAAGAACCAAUUUACUCUCCAAAGAAGCUGCAAUACUCAAAUACAUUGCCGAGACCUUCAAUAUACCGGUUGUCGUCACCAAUCAGAUCACCACACGGUUUAAUGACAUUGAUAGACAAGACCACAACCUGGACGAUUUGGAUGGUGGGGACCUGGAACAUGAUGAGGAUGGUUCUAGUAGUCAUGUGAUGGCAGCUUUGGGAAAUACAUGGUCACAUGCAGUCAAUACUAGAUUGAUUGUACAGUACUUGGAUGACGUUUACCGACAGAUCAUGAUUUCCAAGUCUCCAAUUGCGCCCUUUKCUGUGUUUACCUACAUGAUACAGACUAAAGGAGUGGUUUUAGUAGACUCACAUCAUAUCAAACAAGCUCAAAGGCGAUCAUCAGGAAACCCUUCUCUACAACCCAUACAAGUACGAUCAAGUUUCACUUGGGCCAACUAAAGAUACAGAUUGCACCGAGGGAGAUCAUAACACUAGUAAGGCAAAUCUAAGAUUGUCAACAGCAACUGAAAAGACAACAAGUCGCGAUGUUAUUUUCAUGGUUUGUGUUCUAAAUUAUUAAUAUAUCAGUGGAAGAGAGAUAAGGUAUUAUUCUAAUUUUUCUUGAUUAACAUCUGCUGUAUAGGUUAAACGUUUUAAACGUUAUUGGACGAGUUUUUCGUAGACUGCCCUMGGGAUGUAUAUAUGUCUUUCGAGAUACCAACCAAAAAAAAUUUCAAAUUUGGAGCAGAAAAAAAAUUCAAAGUUGGACAUUCGUGUUCGAGUAGGAUCCGGAAAACAGCCCCCAAAACACAGUUUAAUUCCAGUUAAUUAAUUUGUAUUAAAUAUUCGCGUUAAUUGUCAAGUUGGGGACCGACUCGUAAUGACUCGUAAUCUAUUAAUCGGCUUUUCUUGGAACGAUUUAUGAACAAAGUGAGGACAUAAACACAUAACAUAAAAGAAUUGUAUUUCAAGAAAAAAGACCGUUCUUAUCCUUUGCUUAGAGAUCAUUAAAAUCUUAUCGUAUAAUUAUCCAUAAAGAAAAACACUUUCGAAACUCUCUCUACGCUCAUCGUGAGAGAUCUAUCCAAGAUAAAAUCCGUAUCUCCGCGCGCCCAUGUAAUAUCCUCAAUGUAUUAUAUAAAAGAGUUGGAAUAUAA